GCAGGCUGACAAGGUUAGGUUGAGAGGUGUGGGCUGAAGCGGAUAGUGGAGCGUGAGAACCAGUCUUAGCAGCAGCGGCAGUAACAACAACAUCUGGGCUCUGAACACACACAACCCCUGUCCUACAGGUAUACCACCUUUCACCCGUCCCAGGCACUUUGAAAACAAAACUGAAACAUUUCCAUUUUCAAGUUUUAUUUUGUCAUUUCAAAAUAAAUGCAAGGAUGGACUCCUCCUGUGAAGACGUGUCGCAGACCGACAAAAAAUUCUUGGAGAAUCUCUCGGGAAGCGGUAAAGCCAUCGGCGUCCUGACCAGCGGAGGGGAUGCACAAGGUAUGAAUGCUGCUGUCCGUGCUGUGGUGCGUAUGGGGAUUUAUGUCGGGACCAAAGUCUAUUUCAUCCAUGAGGGUUACCAGGGGAUGGUGGAUGGUGGGAAACAUAUUGUAGAAGCAAACUGGCAAGAUGUUUCCAGUAUCUUGCAAGUGGGUGGGACAGUUAUCGGAAGCGCACGCUGUCAAGAUUUCCGCACCCGUGAGGGUCGUAAGCAGGCUGCCCAUAAUCUCACAAAGCAUGGAAUAUCAAAUCUGUGUGUGAUUGGUGGAGAUGGUAGCUUAACUGGUGCAAACCUCUUCCGUGAAGAGUGGAAAGGACUACUACAGGAACUUAUCGAAGAAGGUAAAAUUGAUGAGGCAACAGCUCAUAAGUACAGCCACUUAAACAUUGUAGGCAUGGUUGGGUCUAUCGACAAUGAUUUCUGCGGGACAGAUAUGACCAUUGGUACAGACUCUGCUUUGCAUCGCAUUAUUGAAGUGGUGGAUGCGAUCAUGACCACUGCUCAGAGCCAUCAGAGGACAUUUGUGCUGGAGGUGAUGGGUAGACACUGUGGGUACCUAGCUCUAGUAAGUGCCUUGGCCUGUGGUGCAGACUGGGUAUUCAUCCCUGAAAGUCCUCCAGGAGAUGGCUGGGAGGAUCAGAUGUGCCAGAAACUCUCGGAGAAUCGUGCCCGAAAGAAAAGGCUGAAUAUCAUAAUUAUUUCGGAAGGGGCGAUAGAUUGUUACAACAAACCUAUAACAUCUGACAUGAUUAAGGAUCUCGUAGUCAAACGGCUGGGCUUUGACACACGUGUGACUAUCUUGGGGCAUGUACAACGAGGAGGUACGCCUUCUGCAUUCGAUCGAAUCCUGGCCAGUAGAAUGGGAGUAGAGGCUGUGCUUGCCUUGCUAGAAGCUUCACCAGAGACUCCAGCCUGUGUUGUGUCACUGUCUGGGAACCAGGCCAUCCGAGUUCCCCUAAUGGAGUGUGUACAGAUGACUCAGGAGGUACAAAAAGCCAUGGAUGAAAGGAAGUUUGCUGAAGCAGUGAAACUGCGGGGCAGGAGUUUUGAGAACAAUUUAAACACUUAUAAGUCGUUGGCACACAAGAAACCAGAAGGAGAGCAGCUUCCUAGCAAUUUCAAUGUGGCAGUCCUUAACGUGGGAGCUCCGGCAGCUGGUAUGAAUGCAGCUGUUCGCUCUGCAGUGAGAACUGGCAUUUCCCAAGGUCACAAGAUGUUGGCAGUGACUGAUGGGUUUGAUGGUUUUAUAAAAGGGCAGAUCAAAGAAAUUAAAUGGGGCGAUGUUGGAGGCUGGAUAGGCCAAGGCGGUUCCCUUUUGGGUACUAAACGUACCCUUCCUGCAAAGAAUGCAGAAGCCAUUGCUGAACAAAUACGUUCACAUAAUAUCAGUGCUAUUCUGCUGAUUGGCGGCUUUGAGGCAUACCUGGGACUUUUGGAACUUUCAGCUGCACGUGCCAAGUUUGAUGAGUUUUGUAUCCCCAUGGUUAUGGUUCCUGCCACUGUCUCCAACAAUGUGCCUGGUUCAGACUUCAGCAUUGGUGCAGAUACUGCCCUGAACGCCAUAACUGAUGCUUUUGAAUCUUUGCUGCAAUUAUAUCAUGCACGUGUAUGCCUUGAGGAGUUUUGCAUCCCAAUGUGUCUUGUGCCUGCUACCAUAAGUAAUAGUAUGCCAGGUAGUGAUUUUUCUAUUGGUGCUGAUACUUCUGUCAAUGCCAUAGUGGAGACCUGUGAUCGUAUCAAGCAAUCGGCAAGUGGAACAAAACGCCGUGUCUUCAUUAUUGAGACAAUGGGAGGUUACUGUGGCUACCUAGCAAGCAUGAGUGGCCUUUCUGCUGGUGCUGAUGUUGCCUACAUCUAUGAGGAGAAAUUUGACAUACGCGAGUUGCAGUCAAAUGUGGAACACUUAACAGGAAAGAUGAAGACGAGUGUCCAACGGGGUUUGGUGCUCAGAAAUGAAAACUGCAGUGAAAAUUACACAACGGACUUCAUCUAUCAGUUAUACAGUGAAGAAGGGAAGGGUGUGUUUGACUGCCGGAAAAAUGUCCUGGGUCAUAUGCAACAGGGUGGAUCACCAUCUCCUUUUGAUAGAAACUUUGGAACUAAGAUUUCUGCCAAAGCCAUGCAAUGGAUCACAAAGAAACUCUCAGAAACCUACAGACAAGGGAGAGUAUUUGCAAAUAGUCUAGACACUGCCUGUUUACUGGGCAUGUGUAGACGUACCCUGGUGUUCCAGCCUGUGGCAGAGCUAAAGAGCGAGACUGAUUUUUUGCAUCGAAUUCCAAAGGAGCAGUGGUGGCUGAAGCUGCGUCCACUGAUGAAGAUUCUAGCUAAAUAUAAGAUCAGCUAUGACGUGUCAGAUGCUGGCCAAAUGGAGCACGUGGACCGACGCCUAACACAAGAUUCUCAGAACAGCGUUGCUAUUUAAAAGUGGGCCAGAUAAAAGCCAUCACGUAUGCAUCUGGCUCAGGUUGCGUGAGAGCCACAGUGUUUAUAUUGUUCAGCAGAGAAUUGUGACUUCCAAUUUGUUCUGUAUUGGUUAAUUGUGUCGUACCAUCAUUUUAUGUUGAAAUAAAGGAAGCAGCCAACCAGUGAACUUUCCUAUAUAUGUAUUCUAGCCAUUCCCAGCUACCAGUACCAAGUGAAACAAUUGGUUUGUCAAUAUUCUGUAGUUCAUAUGAAAUAAAUCAUCAUUCUUGCAUGGAGAAAAAAAAACAUGUAAAACAUAUAUUGCUUUUCAUUGCACAGCAUUUCCAUAAUAUAUUGUGUAGAUCAUCUGUUGAAGGGACACAAUAUAAUUUUUUGAAAAAGCUGAAGACAUAUUUAUGUGACCAAUGCAAUAAAUGUAUUGUAGUGAAGUGAAUAUAUUGUUUAUUUUUCCUCCAGCUUUAAAUAAAAUUGCUAUGGCUGGUCCUACA